UGCCACCUCUGAUGCUUCCAGUGCCUCCUCUUACUCCCAUACCUGCCCUUGGCUUCCAUGUUUUCUGGACCCCAAUCUCCAGGCAGGUGAGUGCAAACACCUUCAGGCAGAAGGUCUGGUAGGACCAAGAUAACCACAGUCACAGGCAGCUCUGACCUCCCUGGGCUGACCUGACUGAAUGUCAAGCUUGAAGUGGUCUUUCCAUAGCCCAAGGAGCACUUUGGGAACAGCAGCUUCUGUGUCCACACUCCAACCCAGGCCAGGUUAGACAAAACCAUCCAGAUGACCCAGAUGCAUUCAGCAACACAAUUCUUGCUGCCCAGGCUGAGCCCAGUGUGACCCCCACCAGUGUCCCCCUUGGCCUCGAGGGUCACAGGGCAAACACCAGUCUGAGUGACAGUGAAUUGCCACCUCCAGUAAUCAGCUUCUUCUCAGCUCAAGGUGUGCUAAUUGGAUUCAGCCUGGGCCAGGUGUCUGUGUGCAUUCCCUCCCUGGGUCAGUAGUGUAUUGCUAAUAAAAAGCAGAGACAAAAGCUAUCACCUGCUUGUUCCAGCAGAGAAAAGCCACCUGCUUCAGGGCUCUGCCCAGAAAAGCAAACACUGGAAGCACAAAGCAAGAGGAGCUGGGUUCCUACAAAACAUUCCCUUGCUAAUUUUACCCCCUUCCCCCAGCCUUUGUGAUUAGCAAUUAGCAAUGCCCUGUUAAUCUCCUGUUCUGCCCAGGAGCUUGCACCUUCAGGGACUGUGGGGAAUGGCCCAUCUCACAGCUCAUGGUUCGGACAUUAGGGACACACCUGACUUGUCUUUGACAACAAGUGAACUCUGGAAGCUGUUUCUCCUGCCAAAGAAGACUCCAGGAGAAAGCCAAGGUGUACAUUCUGAUAUUUAACCACAGGCAUGACCAUGUGUCCCAGGCAGCAGUUGGUUUCCCCACUUGUGUGGGUAUUGCACAUGUACCAUUGUCCCUCCAGCUGAGCAAGAGCUGCUGGUGGCCAUGGAGGCUGCCCAGCACGCAGGAGGGCUGUCCCCUCAGCAGUAGCUGCUCAGGCUGGAUGAUCCUCUGAGGGUUUGCUGUCUGGCAGGCUUCCCUGCACGGGUUUGCCAUGAACCUGGUUCAUCACAAAGCUCUGGCAACACAGGGAUCCUGCAGCUACUGACCCACACCAGGCUACACCUCCAGCAGACGGGAUUUCACGCUGGAGGAUCUCCUAUUCUCCUUCCCCCCCUAAAUAGAUGCUUAACUGAAAUCAAACCCAUUUGUUAAAGUAGAAAACCCCUCACGCUGCUGCCUAGCCCUGUGCAGGCUCUGCAGCGGGGUCUGCCCCACGCAGAAAAGGAACCAACACCCACAGCAGUGGCACAGGGACCCUGGCAGAGCCUUCUCUCCCCUUCACGGGGUGUCGACACCCCUCAGGCGGAUGCUGAGAGAGGACAAAGGGGCGGCGCCGAGCCCCUGCAUCAGCGGGAACCCCAGCGCAAUGAACAAGAUCGUGGACCGCUGUGAGCAGCUGCAGCUGCAGAGCGCGGCCAUCGCCCGCCAUGUGGACGAGGUGCUGCCUGCCAAGGACCAGGGUGUCCUGAACGCAGCCAAUGCAGCUCGGGAGAUGGUCAUCCAGAGGCUGAUCUUCGUGGGGAAGGUGUGUGAGAGCGAGGAGCAGCGGCUGCUGGAGAAGGUGCACGUGGAGGAGGAGCGGGCACAGCAGAGCAUCCUGGCCCAGCAGGCACACUGGUCUGAGGCACUGCAGAAGCUCUCAGCCCUCAGGACCUACCUGGUGGAUGUGAUCACCAAGCUGGAUGACCAGGGCUUGGUGAGUGCAGAACAGGAGAUCUUCGAGAGGACAGAGGUGGCAGAGGGAAUCUUGGAGCCACAGGAAUCCCCAAAGUUAAACUUUAACCCGAGCUGUGUUCAGAGUCCGCUGCUGCACCGGCUGUGGGCCUCGGCCGUCCUCUGCUGCGUGGCAGGCUCCCAGGAGAUUCACAUUGAUGAGAAAACUGUCAGCCCCCACCUCAGCCUGUCAGAAGACAAGAAAACCCUGACCUUCAUCCCCAAGAAAGCCAAGGUGGACUUGACCUGCCCCGAGCGCUUUGACCACUGGCCCAACGCUUUGGCUACUGCAGCUUUCCACUCAGGAGUCUGUGCCUGGAAGAUCAGGGUGGAGCAGAGCUGUGCCUACAAGCUGGGGGUUUGCUACAGCUCCCUGCCCCGAAAGGGCUCCGGCAACGAAACCCGCCUGGGCUUCAACGCCGUGUCCUGGGUGCUGUCCCGCUACGACAGGGAGUUCAGGUUCCUGCACGCCGGGCGCGCGCGGGCGCUGGAGCUGCUGCGGGCCCCCGCCGAGCUCGGGGUGCUGGUGGACUUUGCAGGAGGGGAGGUGCUUUUUUAUGACUCUGAGUCCUGUGCCAUCCUCUUCUCCCACAAGGAAACCUUCACAGAGCCCCUGUACCCCGUGUUUGCCGUGGCACACCAGAGCAUCUCGCUGGUGCAGUGAGCCCCGGCUCCGGGCACUGGAUGCUGCCUGUGUGGGGAAAGGGAGCCUGGCCGGGGCUGUGGGCUGGGGUACAGAGGUGUUGGGGCUAAGACCU